GUCAUACAUACUUUUCGUGGCCAAAUGCUAUUUAUAACAUGAAGAAUUCUAUCAUUUUUAUGUAGUACCAAGUUGCCGAUUGAAAUCCUACAAACGCGGUAACCAUGGCAGAGCAAGCAUGUCGUGUGUCAUUCUUCAACUGUGUAGUAAAGCACACCUAUGGAGUUGAAUGCCCAACCCACCUAAUGAACAAAAGUAAUAAAAAAAGGUUGGUUAUAAUGCCUUAUGGGUCUUACUACACGGCGCGACGAAAUCAGGUUUCUAUGCUGCUUUAUUUGUUACCUUAGGCUUUUAUUUCUCUCUCUAGCCUGUCAUAUAUAAAUAUAGUAAUGCGUCCAGUAUAUUUACUCGUUCGUUCAGCCGUCGGAGGCUUUGUCAUUAACUCUAAUGACAGCUCGGAAUACUAACGAAAUUUGGAUUGCCCAGUUCGCCUUCCGCUAUUCUACUGCUGGUACUGGACUACCGGUUUUACUCUGAGAAAUCGCUGGUUUCCUUUCCGAUGAACCGAAAGUUGUUAAAGACAUUCAAAAUCCUAAGAAUCGGUGAAACCGUGAUGACGUCUAACCUGUUCACUAUCCUGGAAGGACUGAUGGCUUGAGCCUAUGGAAAAAUGAAAGGCAUUUCCCGGCGACUUGGCGUGCGUCAAAGUUAUGGUGGUCGGUCAGGAAAACAGGAAUUUGUGUUAUCGUGUUCGUGAUUGUCCCCGGGUUUUCUUUUUUUUUCCAAACUCUUCACUUGGGGUUAUAAGGUUUGGACGAUCCGAGUCACUUGGGAAGUUGUGCGCACGGAUUUCAGCGGGUCUCACUUCUUUCUCCCGAGCUCGAUAGGCCCAUAGAGUGAUGCCCUGCCUAGUCAUCUGGUUACUCUUGCUAAUAGGUUUAUUGGUGAUUUUGGCGUCUGAUGAUUUUGUGACGAGUGCCAUCCGAUUUCAGCAGAAGAAAGAAACAGCCGAGGCUCUACUGCGCUUCCCAGUCAUCCAUCCGUUAGCCGAUCCUUGUCAUUUCCAAUCUAACAUUUUUUACUCCGAGGAUCGACACGCGUCCCCCGCACCCACGAGAGAUUUCAUCCAUUUCCUGUUGGGAUAUGGAGGAAUUCCGUUGCGUACAAUCGGUUUCAUCCAUCCACAUCUCGGAGACGUGCAUCAGUUUACUGACUCGCUUCAUUUAAACGACGCCAGGAGAGAAGAGGAGCAGUCCUCGUUGACCAAAGAGUUUCAACUCGUCGUUUCACAAACCUUGCACUUGAUCAGUAGCAUUUAUUCACCCUCGGCGCUACGUAAAUGCGACGGCUACCAGUUGGAGUCACUUCCCCGAGACAAGUUAUUCGUCCUUUCCUCUACGGAAGGCCCUCAGUUGCAUGAACUCUAUCGCAGUCUGACGACGGUGGAGGCUCAUCUGCAUGUAAUUAUCCACGACGUCCACGAUUCCGGCAGAUUGUGCCCAUCAGAAAGUCUCGCCAAUCUUCAAAUCCUUUGGCAAUUAAUUAAUAAAGUGGAAACGUCCGUGUGUCUCGUAUUGCAGUCCGCCGUCAUUGCCAAAGGGAAGGAAAAAGUGGAUUAUUUAAGAGUAACUCACGAAGUUCUUGAAACCGUUAUCCAUCGCUACUACUAUUGCUCAGCCAGGGAGAUUCGAGAAUGCUUGGUGAUGAACUACACAUCUGCAGUAUUCGGCUUCGUUCAACGUUACCUUGAUUACAAUCUCGACUCUUGAAGAAUUUCGGCAUCAAGGAAAAGAAUUAUUUCCCAAGAUUCGAUUAAAUAUUUUACGGGAAAAUAAUAUUCGCUCCGGAAUUCUUUUUUUCUUUCAGACGUAGUAGUGUAUGUCAACGUGAUUUUAAUGGCAUACAAUAUCUCGACACUUUGACAGCGAUAAGCAAUUU